CCGAUGCGAUCGUUGCAAACAUGCUUUGAACGAUAUUAGGUGAAGGAGGGGGUGAUAGCCGAAAGAUAGGUGGCGCUAUGGCAAUCGCAGCUCAAGACUCUGCUAACGCGACUCAGCUGACGGCAGUCCAGAUGAUGGAAAUCGGUGGAAUGCGUGCAGAAUGGCACGUUGUGCUUUCAGCUUGUGUGACCAUCGCCACUAUGGUGUUAACGAUCAUGAAGCUGCGAAAGAAGAUUGGGAAGUUGCCCCCGGGGCCCAGGGCGCUACCUCUGAUUGGCAACAUACAUCAGAUCGGUGAUUUCUCGCGUCGAAAUCUUAUGCAAAUGGCGGAGAAAUACGGACCCAUCAUGUAUAUGCGUAUCGGGAGUAAACCGCUCUUGGUCGUGUCCACAGCUGAAGCCGCACAUGAGUUUCUGAAGACACAAGACAAGGAAUGGGCUGAUCGGCCUACCACCACUGCUGAUAAGAUAUUCACUAACGAUCACCGAAAUAUUGUAUGUGCGCCCUACGCAGCGCACUGGCGCCACUUGAGGAAGAUCUGCACCAUGGACCUCUUCACGCCGAAGAGACUGAUGUCAUUUCGGACUCCCCGCACAGAGGAGAUUAACCAAAUGAUGACGUCGAUUCAUGAAGACGUAGCUGCUGGCAAGGAAGUCAAGCUCCAUGUGAAGCUUGGGCACCUCACCACCAACAACAUCACACGCAUGCUCCUCGGCAAAAGAUUCUUUACGGUUGACGAAAAGGGGCAAAUGGAGGCUCACCGUUUUAAGGAGCUCGUAUUCGAAUUGUUCAGAGCUUCGUCCACGCCAAUGAUCGGUGACUUCAUCCCAUGGCUCAAAUGGGUUUCUAUCGCCUCCGGAUACGUAAAGUACUUGAAGAGGGUGAAAGCUGACUUGGACGCAUUUUUGCAAGAGUUCCUUGAAAUCAAGAAAGCGGCGAGCGACCAGGCCACCGCUGAAAGGGCCAAGGACUUCGUGGAUUUGCUUCUUGAACAGAAAACUGUGAGCGGUGACGGCCCCCUCGAGGACGCUACCAUCAGGAGUGUGAUUCAGGACAUGCUUUUAGCCGGCACCGACACUGUUUCCAACGCCAUGGAGUGGACAAUCGCAGAGCUAAUGCGCCAUCCUGAGUGCAUGCGCAAGCUCCAACAGGAGCUCGAUACUGUAGUUGGCAAGAGCAGGAUUGUCUCCGAGACCGACCUCCCCAACCUGCCAUACCUGCAAGCGGUGGUGAAAGAGGUUAUGAGGUUCUAUCCUCCGGCGCCGCUCAGUCUGCCCCACCAAUCCAUCGUGCCGACAACUGUGUGCGGGUACGAUCUCCCAGCCGGAACGCAGCUGUGCAUCAACCUGUACGCGAUUCAGAGAGAUCCCAAGUACUGGCCCAAUCCAGUCCAGUUCAAUCCUGAUCGCUUCUUGAACUGCGACGUCGACGUCGGUGGCACUCACUUCCAGUUAAUUCCUUUCGGAGCUGGUCGACGCCAGUGUCCCGGCAUGCCUCUGGGGAACUUGCUGCUGCAAAUCAGCGUGGCCAGGCUUGUGCAAGCUUUCGAGUAUUCUUUGCCCAGAGGCACUAAAAGGAAUUAUUUUAUGAAUUACUAUUCUGGUGCAAAUAAACUUACAUCAGGAAUAAUGUAUUUAAUUUAAAAUUUUAUA